AUGGUCGAAAGCAGGAAAAAAGGUGAGGAAUGUGAAGAUGUCUACUUUUUUAGCAGUAUCCAACGUCCUUACGUGUGCUGCCUUGCUACCAUUCCUAGGGCAUUAAGCACUCCGAGCAAACACAAGGGACCUAUUUUUUCCCUAGAGUGGAACAAGAAGGGUGAUUAUCUUCUAACCGGAAGUGUCGAUAGAACUGCUGUUGUUUGGGAUGUAAAGGCAGAGGAAUGGAAGCAGCAAUUUGAAUUUCAUUCAGGGCCAACACUUGAUGUUGAUUGGCGCAACAAUGUGUCUUUUGCAACGAGUUCUACGGACACAAUGAUCUACCUAUGUAAGAUUGGAGAAACUCGGCCCGUCAAAACCUUUGCUGGUCAUCAAGGUGAGGUUAACUGCGUGAAAUGGGAUCCUACCGGUACUUUACUGGCCUCAUGUUCUGAUGACAGUACUGCUAAAGUUUUUUUUUUUAAACAACACAACUUUGUUCAUGACCUCCGAGACCAUACUAAGGAGAUUUAUACAAUCAGAUGGAGCCCUACAGGACCAGGGACCAACAAUCCUAACAAACCGCUAACUCUUGCAAGUGCAUCAUUUGACUCAACAGUAAAGAUAUGGGAUGCAGAACUCGGAAAGAUGCUAUCUAGUCUCAACGGCCACAGGGACGCAGUAUACUCAUUGGCGUUUAGUCCAAACGGGGAGUACUUAGCGAGUGGGUCAGUGGACAAAUCGAUACACAUAUGGUCACUAAAAGAAGGCAAGAUAGUAAAGACAUACUCAGGAGAAGGAGGAAUUUUCGAAGUGUGUUGGGACAAGGAAGGUAACAAACUGGCAGCUUGUUUCGCUGAUAACUCGGUCUGUGUUCUAGAUUUCAGAAUGUAGUUUUUAGAAGUGUAGUAGGAACCGUCUUAACACUCUAAUUCCUAGCCAUAUUUUGUAACUGCACAUAUAUUUAUUAUAACGCUAAACUAGAGAAGAAAGGCAAAACUGUACUUGAGGUUAGAUUUGAUUAUCCUAAAUUGGUUCAUGGUACGUCGAAUAACGAGUAAUAAUUGCGAGAAAACAAACUGCAUAAAGGUAAAAGUAUUUGCAUAUGCAUAUUAUUCAAAUUUAGUUGUCCACAAGCUGUACUUAAAACUGAAAGUGAUUAGUUUAGUACAAACUGAGAGAGCUAUCGCGGACAGAAAACUAUAAAGACUUUGGAGACAGUCUGUCUUUAUGUCCGUCGUACGUCCCGGUUAGGUAAAAACAGUGGAGCACGUGGCGGGAGCUGACGGAGUGAGCAACCACCACGCCAAACACGCUUCUUCUUAUUCCUAACCCAUUUCAUUUUUGUUACUGCUAGUGCUCACCCCGUCUCA